UUCCCUCUCUCUCAUCAUCCAUUGCCAACCUGCCCAUUAUUCACCCCACGCCAACCACCUCUUCGUUCAUAUAUCAUACCUUCUUCUUCCAUUUCCCGAAAUCAAACUCUCUCUCAAUCAAUCAAACAUCAUUAGAAAACCAGAAAAACAGUGUACAAGGAAAAAUAUCUGUUUCUUGAAUUAUUGGAUAGUUUUUAAAGAAAAUCUUUGAACCAUGGGACGUUCACCUUGCUGUGAUAAAGCUCACACAAACAAAGGCGCUUGGACCAAAGAAGAAGACCAAAGACUCAUCAAUUACAUCCGUUUACAUGGUGAAGGUUGCUGGCGUUCCCUCCCCAAAGCCGCAGGGCUGUUGAGGUGUGGUAAAAGUUGCAGAUUGAGGUGGAUAAAUUACCUAAGGCCUGAUCUCAAGAGAGGGAAUUUUACUGAGGAAGAAGAUGAUAUAAUAAUCAAACUUCACAGUUUGCUUGGAAACAAAUGGUCUUUGAUAGCUGCUAGAUUGCCUGGGAGGACUGAUAAUGAGAUAAAAAAUUACUGGAACACGCACAUCAAACGCAAGCUUAUUAGCCAUGGUAUUGACCCUCAAACCCACUGUCCACUCAACGGCAGCGCCACCAGCAACACCAACAAGGCUCCGGUAACCACUGCUAGCAUUUCUUUGAACUUCAGAAACUCAGCUCCACCAUCAUCAGAGAAACCCACUAAUUUGCUGAACAAUGAGGCGCCUCCAGCACACUCGUCUAGCGACACCAAAUGCAGCAGCGGCACCACCGAGGAGGCUUCUCCACUGCGAGAACAAAACACCACACGUACAAAUGCAAUUGACCUUGAACUAUCCAUAGGACUUCCUUCUCAAUCAAAGUUCAAAAGGACUGCUUCUUUCAACUCAUCUGCAGUGUCUAAGCUUUUCUUUGAUUUCUUGCAACCGGCAGCGACACCAUCUCUGGAGACGUCGCGGGUGGCACGGCAAAAGAUGUGAUCUUAAUGUCAGUUAGGAUUACAGAAGGGUCAGUUGGGUAGUAAUUGCCAAGGUAGAAUUGGUCUUUACAGAUAUUGCUGACCAUUGGAUACGUAGAUUUUUAGGUGUCGAUAUUAAUGCUUUGUUUUAAUUGCAGCUCCACAAAUCUUUUUAUAUUAUUUUUUCUAGGUCAAUCAAAAUGUAACGACUCAAGAAUGUAAUUUUAGAAAGGAAUAAACCUCCUGUCUAUACAGGGACUCUCACAUGAGGGUGGAUCCUACAUGUGGACUCCAUGUGUGUGCAUCUGUACAGACUAUGUGCAAAUGGGUCUGUACAAAUAGCACAACUCUUUUAGAAAUAUCGUAUGGAGUCCAAUUGUAACAUGGAUAAAUCUCCUUGGACAGACUUUAGAAGAUUGAA